CACGUUACCUCCUUUUGGUCGCUUAUUAAACUUAAAGAGACAUAAUAUGUAACUUGAAAGUGUUUUUUUCUUGCAAGGCUCUACACUACUGCUUCAGAAAAUUCAGUCCUGAAUCAUGGCUUCGGCUACUCUCUCUGUAGCCAAACCAGCUCUUCAGGCAAAUGGAAAAGGCUUCUCUGAGUUCUCUGGUCUCCGCAACUCAUCAUGCUACCUUCCACUUUCUAGAAAAAUUUCUGAGGAUUUCAACUCUGUCAUUGCUUUCCAAACCUCCGCAGUUGGAAGCAGUGGAGGAUACAAGAAAGGUGUAGUGGAAGCAAAACUGAAGGUGGCCAUAAACGGAUUUGGUAGGAUUGGAAGGAACUUCUUGAGGUGCUGGCACGGUCGUAAGGAAUCUCCACUUGAUGUCAUUGCUAUCAAUGACACUGGAGGUAUCAAGCAAGCUUCUCACCUUCUCAAGUAUGAUUCCACCCUUGGAAUCUUUGAUGCUGAUGUCAAGCCUGUUGGUGAUGAUGGUAUCUCCGUUGAUGGAAAGAUCAUCAAAGUUGUUUCGGACCGCAACCCUGUCAACCUCCCAUGGAAGGACUUGGGGAUAGACUUGGUGAUUGAAGGAACUGGUGUGUUUGUGGAUAGAGAAGGUGCAGGGAAGCACAUUCAAGCAGGAGCUAAGAAAGUUCUCAUCACAGCCCCUGGCAAAGGAGACAUCCCUACCUAUGUGGUUGGUGUCAAUGCUGAUGCUUACAAUCCAGAUGAACCCAUCAUCAGCAAUGCUUCUUGCACCACUAACUGCCUUGCCCCCUUCGUCAAGGUUCUUGAUCAGAAAUUUGGUAUUAUAAAGGGUACCAUGACUACAACUCACUCUUACACUGGUGACCAAAGGCUUCUUGAUGCAAGCCACCGUGACCUCAGGCGUGCAAGAGCAGCAGCUCUUAACAUUGUCCCAACUUCAACAGGAGCAGCAAAGGCUGUGGCCCUUGUUCUCCCAACCCUCAAAGGAAAGCUCAAUGGCAUUGCACUUCGUGUGCCAACACCAAAUGUUUCAGUGGUGGACCUUGUUGUUCAGGUCACAAAGAAGACCUUUGCAGAAGAAGUGAAUGAAGCUUUCAGAGAGAGUGCAGCAAAGGAGCUCAAUGGUAUUCUCUCAGUUUGUGAUGAGCCACUUGUGUCAGUAGAUUUUAGGUGCACUGACGUGUCAUCAACCGUUGACUCAUCAUUGACAAUGGUAAUGGGAGAUGACAUGGUGAAGGUGAUUGCUUGGUAUGACAAUGAGUGGGGUUACUCUCAAAGGGUUGUGGAUUUGGCUGACAUUGUUGCCAACAAUUGGAAAUGAGCCAAAUUACAAACCCCAUUUGUUAAUUAUGUACCAAUGUCAUUUUAAUUUUGUAUGCUUAGUACAGUUCUUGCUUCAUUUUUCAUUUUUCUUUCUAAACUUGUACUGAGAAACAGAACCAUCAAUUUUCUCUGGCUUUCUAAUUGGGCAAUAUAUUUCUUACCUUGAAAUA